AUGAAAUUUUGUGAAUUACCAAUAUUGUUAACAACAGUAAUACGUCCAGUUCAAAUUUGUAAUCAAAUACCAUUGAGAAAAGCACCGAAACCAAAAACUAAACCAAAACCAAAACAACAAGAAACAGUUGGAGUAACAAGAUAUUAUCCAUAUAUUCCACCAAACCUAAUAGUAGAUACAGUAAACUCACUAAAAGAUAAAGAAAGCUUAUCAGAGAUCCUAGAUCUCAUUUUCAGCCCAUUGUCGCCAUCGGAUACAAUAGAAGAUCGCAAACUGUACCAAAAAACAUAUAAUAUUUAUCAAUUGUAUAAGAAGAAAAUCAUAGAAAAGUAUAAAGAAAGGGAAUCCUAUGUAAAAUCACAAAUGUUCGAUGCAAUUGAAAAUCUACCAGAAAAUCUAUACGACGAAACAGUCCAAUCAGAAACAGAACCAAUACCAGAGGAAUUAACAUUUCAAAAAGCAUAUAGAGAACAACUAAUUAAUAAACAUUUAUCAGAUUACGAAAUAGAAAAACUCGAUACAUUUCGAAUGUUAAUGUAUUUAAGAUUCCCACACACGGAAACGAAACUAAAGAACCCAGGAUUAUUUUGGCUGGAAGAAAAGAAAAUGAUAUCAAGACAGAAACAAGCAUCAUUGUUAUCAAGAAAUUCUAAAUCAAAAAACUAG